AUGGAGAUUCGCAAGACGAAGCUCGGCGAGGAUCAUCCUAACACAAUAAGGGGUAUAGCCAAUCUAGCGUCGACGUACCGAAGACAGGGCCGAUGGAAAGAGGCCGAGCAGCUCCAGGUGGAGGUGAUGGAGACUCGCAAGACGAAGCUCGGCGAGGAUCAUCCUGAAACACUGACAAGCACGGCCAGUCUCGCUUUCACCUGGAAAUCUUCAGGCCAUACAACCCAAGCUCUUGAUUUACUGCGAGUUUGUGUGGCCAAGCAGAAGCAAAUACCGGGGAUCAAUCACCACCAAACCUUGCUAGAAUGGGAAUCGGAGAAGUUGAAUACAAAUACGCAGAUGAGCCAUUAA